AUGAUUAUGACAUCAUUGUGGACAGUGCUGCUGGCACUUUACUACCUGACAGCAGGAGCCCACUGUGGCUACUACAAGAUCCGGCCCCCCCACCCACCUCAUCCUCCACCACCAUCACUCUACUAUGGACCACAUCCACCACACCAUCCGCCACACCACUCGUCCCGCAUCUACCCACCCUACCCGCCGUUCCGGUCCCCACAUCACAGGCUGUAUCAUCAGAGGUAUCCCAAGCCGCCACCUCCACCACCCCCACCACCACCAUCAUACCCUGCCUGGAAGAAUAACUACGCUCCUUCUUUCAGGGCUCCCAUCAUUCAAGAGUCCUUCAAUAGUCCGCAUAAUCUCUAUGCUCCAACAACAUUCUUGAAGGAUGAAGAUAAAGGGCCCAUCCAUACUAUCCCUGCUCCUAACCUUGGACCUGUUGACAGGCCUAGCCUUCCCAAUCUCUUUCAGCCUGAGGCAUUCAAAAAUGAUUUGUACAAAAAUGAAGUCAUUAAGAAACCAGUACACAGCAAAUUUGAAGAUCUAUCGGCAGUAUUAAGGCAUGGCAUUACAAAAGUAAAUGUUCCCCAUUCUUCCGGUUACCAAGUGACUGAGGACCCAGCAGCUUCCUCGCCAUAUAAUACUGCAACUUCAUACUUUGCUCCAGACCCUGAUCCAGAAGUGCCUUCUCUAAAGAUCCCUCCAACGACCGAUCCUUUCUCACGUCCAACAAAUGGUCAAGUUCCAUUGGACCUCUACCUCCAACAGCAGGCAGAGAAAAAUGGCCAAUAUGGGCAUUAUCAACAGCCAGCUGAUAAUUCCAAUACACUAACACCUCAGGAACUGUUCAACCUCCUCAAUUAUCAACAACCAUCAACUCUACAGCAGCAGGUACAGUUUUUGCUUCCACAACAAACAGGUCACCUUUUCACCAAUGGACAACAGGAAUACGCUCAGCAACAGCUUGCUCAACAGGAUCUCAUGAACCAACAUCUCGCUCAGCAACAUCUGGUCCAACAGGAGGUCUCUAGCCAACAGCUUGCACACCAACACCUUACUCAGCAUGAGCUCACAAACCAGCAUCAAUUUUCUCAACCUCAAUAUCAAUCAUUCAACUAUGAAGAACAGGGUCAACAGAGUGCCUAUGGUGAUUUGAGACUUGAUCUUAAAAAUAAAGGUUUUGGUGUGGCUGACAAUAAUUAUCAUAAAGAUCCAUUGGAUGACAAUGAUGUUGCUGGCAGUGAGAGAGAAGAGUCUUAUGAAAAUAUAGUUGUAAAUGAAGUACAACAAAGACAAAAAGGCGAAUAUUUUAGAAAGGAGAAAGAAAAUAUGGUUGAAAAUGUAAAAGACCAAUUUCCCAAAAAACAAAUAACAUCUGAUGUCAAUGUUUAUCGUCCUAAUAUGAUACCUAAUAAUAUCCAAAAUGAAAAAGUAUUAUCCCAAGACCAAAAUCCAGAGACAUCUUCUGUUCAACGAGGAAAUCCAGAUAAUGAAAAUAAAAACUCUGAAAAAAUCACACCAGUCAAACCUGACAAUAAUGUUCAAUUACAGAAAUCAAUACAAAUAUAUGAGAACACGUACGAUAGUAAUGAAGAAAUGGUAAAAGAUAGUCACAAAAGUACAAAUGAUUUUAAAAAUGACUAUGCAGAUGAGAAGAAUAUAGAAAAAGAAUUAGCCAUUGGUAAUGAUGAUAAAAAUUUCAAAAAUGAUGAAAAUGUACAUUUUGUAGAUGCUGUUCCUUAUGGAAGCAGGAUACGCCCAAAAAGGUUUUAAACUGUUACUUUUACAGAUAUGUUAACAUUUUUAAUUAUCUAGUUCAAUGUAAAUACCAAAAGACUGUAAUUUUAUAUCAAAUGUUGUUUUAAUAAUUUGUUAAAAUUAAUUAUCUUGUACAUAUUAAUAUUUUAGUUUUUUAGAAUUAUUUAUUUUUGUUUGUUGGUAAUUUUAAUUUUGUUAGCACAAUAAACAAUACAUUUUACCUUGAGCCGUGUUACCUAUACAUAAUCUAUGAGUCUUGACCAUGGGUAUAUAAAAGUUUGCUCAAUUGUAUUACAUAUAUUUAUAAUGUUUUGCUUUAAGUAAAUUUUACUGUGAACUUACAAUAAAGAAUAAAAAUUUGUAUUGUUCAUUUAACUAUAAAUUAAUCAUUAAAAAUAAAUUGUUUCUUGUAUUCUUAAUAGAGAAAACAUCAGAAAUUAUGAUUUUUUUUUUUAUUGAAUUAAUAGAUUAUCAGUGAAAUUACAUAUUUGCUAUUUGAUAUUCGUGUCCUGUUUUAUUUCUAAUCCAUCCUUCACUAAAGGAAAAAAUUAAAAAAUGGAUACCAUGUUACUUUAAAGUGGAUUUUACUUUAUAGUCCUUAAUAAAAUGAUUUCAACUCAAAUUAUUUAUUUAAAGUUCAUUAUAAUAUUUUAAAACAGAUAAUUAUCCAAAAAUCCUUCCUUCAAAUCUCAAUAUUUGGCAUAGUCCGCUCAGUAAGAUGUUAAAUUUUAUCUGG